AUGAGGCUCCUCAACGUACAUACGCGAACCAUCGGGGAGUUUUUGUCCGACUCGGAGGUCGUGCGCUAUGCCAUCCUCUCCCACACUUGGGCCGAGGAAGAGGUCACGUAUGAGGACUUUCAAACCCUCUCGGCGGACGCUCUCCGGGCGAAGAAAGGCUACGCUAAGGUUGUUGAUUGCUGUUGGCAGGCCAUGGCCGAUGGGUACAACUGGGUUUGGGUCGACACUUGCUGUAUCGACAAACGAAGCAGUGCUGAGCUUUCCGAGGCCAUCAAUUCCAUGUUUCGCUGGUACCAGAACGCCGCAGUAUGCUACGCCUACCUCGCAGAUGUUCCGAGUCAGGUCGACCGGGACCCCUUCUCGCUUGAUGACCAUCUUGCCCGUGCUCGUUGGUUCACACGGGGCUGGACGCUCCAGGAGCUCCUCGCACCCAAAGACGUGGUGUUUUACGGCCGCGACUGGGAAAAGAUCGGCGACAAGCUUUCGUUGAGCAAGAACAUCACGGAGAUCACGGGGAUUUGCCGUUCUGACCUGAGGUCAUUUUCCUCCUCAUCUCCUCGGAGCGUGGCUGCGCGGAUGUCCUGGGCCGCCAAGCGAGAGACGUCGAGAACCGAGGACAUUGCGUACUGCCUUCUCGGAAUUUUCGGUGUCAACAUGCCGUUACUUUACGGCGAGGGGAAAAAGGCAUUUCGAAGACUACAGGAGGAGAUCAUGAAAGCCUACCCCACAGACCAUACUCUCUUUGCAUGGGGGAGAAUUGUUGACCAACCAACGAGACAAAUCACCAACGACCAGCAGCUGAAGGGACUGGAGCCCAUCCCUUGGGAUGAAACCGCGUCACGCACUCCUCUCCGUGGUCUGUUCGCCGAAUCUCCGGUCGACUUCCAAUGGUCAUCCAAUCUCUCGCGUUGGAGAGGUGCCGGGUUCUUCUACACGCCUACCACAUCUAGGACUACGGGCCAGCUGCUUUACCCAACCAUCACGGGGGCAGGUGUUACUCUCGAACUUCCAGUCUUACCCGACGUUCCACCAUACGUCUUCUUCUGGUGGGGGUUGAGAAUUACUCAGCUCCGUUCCAUGGUAUUUGCCAUCCUGCUCUGCCAGUGUGAGGCCGAAGAUACUACCUUCAUCCUCUUGCCUCUCUAUGGUUGGGGCGAUGCUCAAUUCAGUCGGACGGACGAGCUGGUGCGCUUCACGAACACGGGCUACUUCCCGUCCGAUCUCGUCCAGAUGCGUAGAUGCCUCAAGGUCGAACCCCAGGGCCUUGAAUAUCUACCGCAGGGGGAAUUCGUCCUUUGCCGAUGGGGCGACACCGCACUAUACGAGAAGUCUAUCGCGCUCUACAGCCACCACGGCGUUCACGUGGCGCAGGAGGGCACAAUCAGCGCGCCGGAACUGGAGAACACGGACAAGCUAUGGGCUUUACACUGCCGGCUCACCAAAACGGCCACAAGGUUCGGCUUUGGCCUUGUCUUUGCUCGUUCCAAAACCCGGCGGGGUAACCGAGCUCCCGUUUCGGUAUCGUUGGUGCCUCUAGUCUACGGUCCCGAGACUGAGGAUCCUGUGAGCACCGCCGGGUUUACUUGGCUCAGCGAACGGGCAACUCGGUUCGGAGAGUUCGAGUCCUUGUUUAGCCGCUCGAUGGCUAUCCCGGAGGAUACAUGGCGGCUGGACCUCGCGCCCUUUCCCCUUGUGGAAGUCCGUAUCAGAAGGGAAAAGUACGAGUUCAGUCCCUACAAUAUGGUCGAUGUGACUAUCUCUGAGCGGCCUGUAGGAGACCUUUUGAGCAUGCCCGAGCCAGGGCCAACCUGUAUGGGGGUGGCUGGGAAGGGCGAUGAGAAUAGGGGAUUUUGA